AUGAUUCUUCCUCACCGGCGGACGAUCUCAUCAUCCCUCCUCGCCGAAGUCGCCCACCCGGAUCCUCCUCUCCCUCCCACCAGUUUUCGUUUCUCCUCAUCGCUAUCCUCUCACGGCGACAAUCGGCAGUACGCCCACUAUCGCUGGCCCAGCUCGUCCCGGAUCCCAAGUUGCCGAACCCGUGUAUCCAAUAGGCGGUCACCAUAUCUGUUCUUCAUCGUCAUCCCAACGGUCGAUUCGUCUGCUCCCACGGACAGACCCGCCCUUCAAUCGCUAGAACCAGGUAGGUGCAUCGGCGGUGGUUGCUGGAGAUACAGGGAUGGCAGAGAGGGGCUGGGGGCGGCGGUGGUUGCUAGAAUUUUUGUUCUUCGUUGGUGCUGGUCCCAUUUUGACGGGUGGGUGGGUUGGGCGGACGAGUUGGGUUGGGUCGGCUAG